CAUUCUUUCAUUCACUCAACAUUUCCAUUUUUUUUUUUAAAAAUGUCUACGACUGCAGCCAGCCGUGUUUCAGUUCUUAUGAACCACCUCUCUGCUUCAGCCUCCUCUGCUUCUCAUCCUCGCGGCUUGCUUACUAACCAGGUCGCUAUAAUAACCGGCGCCGGCCAGGGUAUUGGAGCUGCCACUGCCCUUCUUUUUGCAAAAGAAGGCGCUAGCGUUGUGGUCAGCGAUCUUGACGAUAACAAGGGUAGGGCCAUUGCUGAACAAAUCAAAGCUACUGGAGGUAAAGCCAUUGCUGUUAGUGGUGAUGUGACCGAUCUUGCCUUCCCUGACCGUCUUAUUGAGGAGUCUGUGAAAGUCUUUGGAAAGAUCAACAUUAUUGUCAACAAUGCAGGAUUCACAUUCGAUGGAAUGGUCCACAAAACUAGCGACAGGCAAUUCCAGCUAAUGUUGGAUGUACACAACGUUGCGCCCUUCCGUAUCAUCCGCUCUGCUGCUAAAUACAUGCGCCUGAAAGAUGGCGAGCCUCGUUCUAUUGUCAACGUCUCUUCAGUUUCUGGUCUUCAUGGAAAUCUUGGCCAGGCUAACUAUGCGACUGCCAAGGCCGGCAUUGUAGGAUUGACCAAGACUGUAGCCAAGGAAUGGGGUUCAUUUGGUGUCCGUUGCAACACCGUGGCCUUCGGACCAGUGGAUACACGCUUGACGCGCGCCAAGGCUGGAGAGAACAUUGUGAUCGAUGGACAAAAGGUUUCAUUAGGUAUUCCCGCGAGAGAUAAGGAUAAUACCUCUGUUCAAGCAGCUCUUUUUGCGGACACACCCCUGAAGCGUGUUGGACAUGUGGACGAGGCUGCAGGAUCUGUCUUGAUGCUGUGCAGUCCUUUUGCGUCCUAUAUCACAGGUCAUACGUUGGAGGUGACUGGAGGCAAGGGUAUUUAAAGUAUUGGAAAGAAUAGCAUAGUCUUGAAGAGAAGCAACUCUCACAUGUGAAAUAUAUAUUUACAAGAAAGUGCAAAAAGUACGAAGGAAGGACACCAGGGGUUUUUGUUGUUGCUCUUGCUGUUGUUGUUGUUGUUUUUUAUUAGCUGUAGUAUCAAUAUCAGGUGUUAUGUGAAUACAAAAAA